CUGUUGGUCGGUCGGACGGGUGGAGAGAUUAAGGACUGAAUAUCCCCUUUGAGGCUCCAGGUGUGCAUGUGUGGUGUGAGGGCGUGGGGAGCUGGGGUCAAGGACGUGUCCCAUGUUUUCGGAGGAAAGGCUGGGGUCUUUCAUCUGUUACUAAAAACAGCACUGGCUCCUGACCCUGCCCUUAAGGGUUGAAGCCCUCCCCUCUGCACCAGCCAAUGGUGGAGCCUGGCCUUGAGCCCCCCCACCCCCAGGAAGGGCAGAUGGCCAGGAAGCCGGGCUUGGCCCGUCAGCCUGUCGCCUCACCCCGUGGCCCUGGCGCCUGCACUGUGACCCCUGCCCCGGCUGGUGACGAAACCUGGCCUGAGCUGCGAUGCAGUGCUGCUUGGCGGUGCUGGGAGCCGCCGCCGUGUCUCCCCGGGGCUGAGCGUGUGGCCCGUGGCCCCAUGCAACUCCCAGGACCGGGGCCUGCCUGCCAGCUCACCUGGCCGAGCUCCCCACCCGGACCCAUCCCAAAUGCUCCCAACUGGGCUGCCCUCGGACGGCCCCGUCUCCCUUUCCCCCUCAGCGUGAGGCCGGCUUAGAGUGAAGGUGUGUGCAGCAGGGAGCGGCCUGCACUUCCCGGACCCCACAGCCCCCAUUUUUGUGGUUUCGAGUGGGCCUUGGCAGCAGCUCAGGGCCAGGAAGAGUGUUCAUUCCUUGGCAGCAUCGUCCACAGGCCCUUAGGCUGCAGCUGACCCUGCCUGGGUAGUCCGCGAGAGUCAGGGAGGAAACACGGCCAAAGGCCCGUCUGUGGAAUCAGGGUUGUGGUUCCCGGGACCAUGUGCACCCAAAGAUGGCUCAGAGUAGGUGGGAGUGGGGUUGCCACGGUCAGGCCACCUGCUUCGUCUCUCCAUCCAGUGGCCUGCUGGAGAACCGGCCCUCAAGAAAAAAGGCCCAGGUUUGUAGAGUCAGCCGAUGUCUGUGGUUUAAAUGUUCCCACCACUGCCGGAUUCCAGGUGCCAGUGUGGGCCCAGUCCAGCGUGCUCCCCUGUGGCCUCCUGUGCUUGUGGGGAGACGGGAAAGCCCAGUGGUGCGAACACACGCCCCAGAGUCAGGCUGCUCAGGCUGGAACCCUAGCUCUUGCCUCUGGGUGAGCUUGGGCACUGCCCCCAUCUCUCCCUGCAGUUCCCCCUAUAGAAUGAAGAAAUCAAGUCUUGGGGUGGGCACAGUGCUAAGAGGGAGCAAGGCCUGGGCAGCCAGGCCCCGGGGAUUGGGGGCGAAGAAGGCAGCCGUGGCCCCUGAAUACAGAGCAGAGCCCAGCACGGGGCCGGCAGGAGCCGCUCGGACAGGUGGCACAGAUGUGGGUCCGUACAUCUGGCACAGAAGAGGCAGGCCUCAGGGGUUAGCAAUGACCAACACUGUGGGCUUCAAUGGGCAAAAACUCCAGAGACCUUUUCUGAUACUCAGAAAACCACACGCACGCUGGGGGCUUGUGCCGACAUAAACCCGUGCGUCUGGCUGCCCCAGCGUUUCCUGCCUGGAUCUGCGCCCUGUGUGAAGGGAGCCUGAAGCGGGAGGAAUGAUGCUGGGCACCCCCGGGGGGGCCCGUAAGCAACGGCCAGCCUCCCUGGGGAUGAGGACAUCGGGAAAGGGUGGGGAAUAGGAGGUCACCUCGCUCCUACUCAUCGACCUGUUCAACUUCUGGGGCAAAAGGGGGAAUUUUUUUCCCCGAGGACAACAGGGUGAUGCUAUGUCAGGGAAAGUGUUCCCAGGUGGCUGGCUAGAGGCGCGUGUCUGUGGCCCCGACUGCCCCACCCCCUGGACACACCUCUGCUAAGGGUGACAUAACACUGUUCCCUGUCACUCUGUUCCCGCUUAUCUCCGGUCUUGUCGGCGCCACCACCUUCUUGGAAAUGAGUUAGGACAAAGGGGAGGGGGCUUAGCACCCCCGCCUCCUCCAGAAGAACCCAUAAAAGCAACUGAAACGGGGCCCCAGACACCACAGCCAGUCCUGAACCCAACGGGACAGCAGGACAGCCAGACAGACGGCACGAUGGCAAUGAGCAUGCGGAUCCAGGCUGCGGGCCUCCUGUCCCUCCUCCUGGCCGGUCUGGCCAGUGGCUGGGUUCUUCCGCCCCAGACAGAACAGCUCGCAGCCCUGCAAGUCCAGGACGCAGCUGGAGCCCAGGCUGGCUUGAUGCCCACGCUCCCGAGGCUGAGGAGGCGAGACACCCACUUCCCCAUCUGCCUGUUCUGCUGUGGCUGCUGUAAUAAACCAAUGUGUGGGCUAUGCUGCAGGACCUAGAGCCUCCCAGCCUGGCCCCCCGCCCCCGCCGGUCCUCCCCGCCCCCGCCGGUCCUCCCCGCCUCUUGUAUUUAUUCCUGCCUUGCCCUCCAACCCACCGUGACCGGACGUGGAAUAAAAUGUUUCUGUCUGUUGUUUUCCAUACUACAGUGUCUGUUGCCCUUUCUUCCUGCCCGAGGCCCAUGCCAGAGGCUUGUUCUGGCCCCUGUCUGGUUACGGGUAUGCGGGGUUGGUGGGUACCGGGGUUGGCAUGGAGGUUUGGUGAAGGAAAAUCUGUUUCCUGCUCUUCCCUUCCUCCUUCCCUGCUUCAGAAGACCUAGAACCUAUGUUGCAACAGCAGGGGCUGGAAGUGAAACCGAGUUUCCUCUCAUUGAAGCCUUCUUAAAAGAACGGUAACUAGGGCGCCUGGGUGGCUCAGUUGGUUAAGCUACUGCCUUCGGCUCAGGUCAUGAUCCUGGAGUCCCGGGAUCGAGUCCCGCAUCGGGCUCCCUGCUCAGCAGGGAGUCUGCUUCUCCCUCUGACCCUCCCUCUCUCCUGCUCUUUGUCUCUCAUUCUCUCUCUCUCAAAUAAAUAAAUAAAAUCUUUAAAAAAAAAAAA